UCAUAAAAACAUAAUCUUUAACUGAACCAGAAUCACCAAACAAAAAGCUAAUAAGUACAUAGCCAACAAUUUUGUUUUUGGCCCUUUUCACUCAUAGCCAGCUCACUCAUAAUAGAAAGAACCAGCAACCCUUUCGCUUAAAAGAUUUCAGCUUUCUUUUUCUGUAUUCUUUUUCUUGGAUCAGAUAGCUUAACCCAACUCCGAUCACACAUUGUAUUAUUACAACCUUUCUACCACUUUUAUUUUCUUUCAACAAUCUAAAGUCUUCUUCUUUUUAGUUGCCAGCAAUCAGACAUUAUUUGGGUCCACUCUUGUUUUUCUGUCACAUGACUUUUUGAUAAGGAUGCUCAUAACUUGGGAAAUUGUGGGUUGUUUGAAGUUUUGAUUCAAGCAAAAUGUUUAGUUUCUCUGGUAGACGUAUGAAGCUUGGAAGAGUGAAGAAGGUUCAACUUUCGGAUUCAACGCUUGUGACUAGAAGUCCGAUAAGACCCCAGAAACGAACUAACAAUUCGAAUAGUGAAGGUGUUGCUGCUACAACUAGUAUUUCUGAUGAGCUUGAUUGUCCGUGUUCCUCUGCUCCACCUGAAGUUAAUAGCUCUACUACGUCGGCGAAUUCUGAAAAUUGGAUGGUGUUGUCCAUUUCUGGAGACAAACCUGCUCCUCGUUUCAAUCAUGCAGCGACUGUCAUAGGCAACAAGAUGAUUGUGGUCGGUGGAGAAUCUGGAAAUGGAUUAUUAGAUGAUGUACAGGUGCUCAAUUUUGACCAUUUCACUUGGACCACAAUUUCAUCGAAGCUCUACUUGUCACCCAGCAGCUUACCAUUGAAAAUCCCUGCAUGCAAGGGCCACAGUUUGGUUGCAUGGGGGAAGAAGGCUCUUCUAGUUGGAGGUAAAACCGAUCCUGCAAGUGAUAGGAUUUCAGUAUGGGCAUUUGAUACAGAAUCAGAAUGUUGGUCUCUUUUGGAAGCAAAGGGAGAUGUUCCGGUUUCUCGCAGUGGUCAUACAGUUGUCAGGGCAAGCUCCGUUCUAAUUUUGUUCGGCGGUGAAGAUGCUAAAAGAAGAAAACUAAAUGAUCUGCAUAUGUUUGACCUAAAGUCGUUUACAUGGCUCCCUCUGCAUUGCACUGGAACAGGACCAUCUCCAAGAUGUAACCAUGUGGCUGCUCUUUACGAUGACAAAAUGCUUUAUAUCUUUGGAGGAACGUCAAAGUCCCGGAGUUUGAAUGACUUGUAUUCACUUGACUUCGAAACGAUGGUAUGGUCAAAAAUAAAGAUCAGAGGAUUCCAUCCGUCUCCUAGAGCCGGUUGUUGUGGAGUGUUAUGUGGAACUAAAUGGUACAUAGCAGGAGGCGGAAGCAGAAAAAAGCGGCAUUCUGAAACUCUGAUUUUCGAUAUAUUGAAAGUGGAAUGGUCCGUUGCUUUUGCUUCAUCUCCGUCUUCUAUCACAGUUAACAAGGGAUUUAGCCUGGUGCUUGUACAACACAAAGAGAAAGAUUUUCUUGUUGCAUUUGGAGGAUUGAAAAAGGAGCCAUCGAAUCAGGUUGAAGUUAUGGGCAUGGAUAAGAAUGAAUCAUCCAUGAGUCGACAAUCUGCUGCUAGUAAAGGUGCUGGACCUUUGUUUGGAAAGCGCUCAUCAUCAGCAGCGCUGGCUGUACAACUUAGUACCGGUUCCUCCCAGCGUUCAGUUGAUUCUCUUGCAAGACAACAUUUGGUAUCUGCAGAUGAGCACCAUGGUUCCGGUAGAAAAUCUUUGUCAGAACCGCUUGUUGAUCCAAAUUCUGUUUCUGGUAAUGUCUCAUUGCGCAAGCAAUUUCACGCGGAAGAACAUAGCACCAAUAUUAAGACCGCAAAGAGUUUAGAGGAUGGAACUUUUUCAUCACCCGCAAUGGAACACAAAAGAAAUCAAUCUGAUACAUCAACUCAGACUACCAUUUCUAUAGGUAAAAUUAUUGCGGAGGAGACAUCUUGUGUUGACUCUGACAGUUCAAACUCCCAAAACCAAGGAAUCGUAAACCGUGCAGGUGAUAAUGAGGACGUGGCAGUACCAGAAUGUGAUGGUGCUACAGGAGGGGCAUAUUCAAGUGUAUAUCAAUUAUAUGAAACUAAAAUAGCUUCGGUAAUAAGAAAGAACGGAAAUCUAGAAGCACAACUGGCAGCUGCACUGGCAAGUCGAGAAGGUGCAGAGAAAAAUCUCUCGUCGGUUCUGAAGAGUAAACAAGAGAUAGAGAGAAAGUUGACGGACACAGUGAGAGAGAUGGAGUUGCUAAGAGAGAAGCUAGCCGGAGUAGAAUUAGCUCAAGAAGAGGCUAAUAGCUUGUCAAACAUUGUCCACUCUGACAAUGUAAGGCUCGAGCAUGAUGUGGCUUUUCUCAAGGCAGUUUUGGAUGACACACAGAAGGAGCUACAUUCUACCCGAGGCGUCCUUGCUGGGGAAAGAGCAAGAGCGUUCCAACUACAGGUUGAAGUUUUUCAUCUGAAACAAAGAUUACAAUCCAUGGAAAACCGAGUUCCCACACCAAGGAAACCGUUCAAUGUCUAGUGAGGAAAAACUAUUUUUGGGGAGGUCGUAAUGACAUGAAAUGUUAGACAACAGUCUAUUAUCAGAGCAAAGAACGCACAAAUGGAUUGCUUAACACCUCGAGGCUCUAUUUUGAUACUAGCCUCUAAAUGUUAUUAUCAUGUACAUACUUGAACCAAAUGUUACAUCUACAUGUAUGUUUAGUUGCUAAAUAAUAAUUUUUUUCUAGAAUUUUGGAGAUAA